UCUAGAUCUAGAUCCAGAUCUAGUGCUGGAUCUUUGAUCAGAGCCAAGACCAACGAAAUAACAUGGAUGCAGAUCUGGGGGCAAACGAAACUGUUGUCGAUCUCCCCCCUAAAAGUAGGCCUAAAAGACGACGAUCACGAAGAAGCCAGUGGUGCUCAGCAGUGAAUUGUAAAAAUGAACGAUAUAAAAGACCGGACCUGUCAUUUUUUCGGUUUCCUAAGGAUAAGGUGAGAUGCCGUAAGUGGGUGGUGAACUGCCGAAGACAGGAUUUGCUAGGGAAGUCACCAGAGAGUCUCUUUGCUACUAACGUACUCUGCUCAGAACACUUUGAGGACUCUGAGUUUACCAACAGUGUGAGGAGAAAUCAGUUGAAUCGUAACAAUACAGCUGUACCAACGCUGUUUAAUUUCAAUCAUGUAGAUUUAGAUCUAGAUCUAGUAGGAAACUCUAGAUCUAGCUCUCCUCUGCUAACAGAAUCUUCAAGCUCUUCAAGAACAUCAGAGUCGGAGGCAGAGGAAAUUCCUCAAACUCAAACGUCAUUUUCUCAGGUGGUUGUCAAUCAUGAUACACCGGUCUCGCCCUUGAACAGAGGUAGAGGCUGUCCAAGAGGCCGCAAGACUUUGGGCAAUGUAGACAUCUCCCAGAUUUUUUCAGAGGCUGAGGCCAGAGAAGAAGUCCGUAGGACAGCUGGGAUUUCCGUCUGUACGGUUGGCAUACAGACUGAUCCUGUUUACAUUUUGCCAAUGGAAGACGCAGACUUUAUGACGGUUGGCACAGAUAGAGGAUUGUCUGCCCGCCUCACUCUGGACUCUGCACGGAGACCUCCAGGGACCAGCCAGGGUCUUGUGCGUCAUCACUGCAAGAUCUGCGGCGCUGCCUUCGUGGGCGAGUUACAGCUCAAGCUUCAUCGGUGGAUUCAUCGGAUGGCCCAGCCCAGCUCUCAGAGGAGAAGGGCAGCUUCAGUGUCUCAGAGGAAACUGGCCACUCCCGGUUCUGCGAAGAAGAAUGAAGGAGUCAGUUUGUUGAGAGUGUUGAAGUGUGAGAAUAACGGGGUGGAGGGUUUUGAUGCAGACGCAGAUCUUGGAGCGAUGGAGAUCACUGUGUUGUCUGAUAGGAGAGUGAUAACGCCGUGGCAAACUGGGCAGGAGAACGUGCCGGUAGAAGAACUUCCACACACUGUGAAGCAGACAGGUACUCUAGGGAUUAUGUCAGGGAUUAUUGUUGGGAAGAAAAGACCGGUUGGUAAGUUACAGCGAAGUUUGCUGAAGGACAGGCUGCCAAGGGAGAGUAGUCAGAAGAGUAGUGACAGCCAAGGCAAGACGCCAAAGAAGUGCCCAGUGUGCGGGGAGAUGUUUGUGAAGCCCGCGGCCCUGAGAAUUCACCUGUCUGAGCACCUGUACUACGACAUACAUCGAGGCCAGGUGUUGAUUCGUGGGGCCAUCAUGCCCAACACCAAUGGGACCGGCCUGGGCGUCAUGGAACAGACUUCGGCAGGUGAAGACCUUGCGGGUGAGCAAGAGGGACCCCCGCCGGACGGGCUGGCCAAAUCAAACGGGCCUGUGCCAUAUAGCCACAGCGAUGUGAAAGGUAGUGAGUUCAGCUACGUUUGUACUCUGUGUAAUGUAGGAUUCAUGCGUAAGAAACAGUUAAGUGCGCAUAGGCACUCGGAGCACAGCAGCGUCAAGUGCGCGUACAAGGACAGGGCGCUGGUGCUCAAGUCGCCCUCGUCCAUCAUUCGUAAGUCCAACAGUUGUGAGAUCUGUGGGGAAGUGUUUAAGUCACUAUCCUCCUUGAAGAUCCAUGUGCUCUGCCACAAUGACUCUUCUACUUCUGAGGCACUCGGAGUUCACAAGAAGCUGCACAAGCCGAAAGAUCCUGAAGCCCAGCCUGCUGAAAAGUUGGCAAUGGAAAAGUUUGUCUGCGAUGUCUGCGGCAAGACAGUUAAGUCGAUGAAGCAGUUACGGUACCACCUGUCGCGUCAUGCAGGUGGGAAUACAUUCACAUGCCGAGUUUGCAAAGAGAAAUUCUCCUCCAAGAAACUGUUGAAGGCCCACCAGACUGAGCAGGGCCAUGUGGCCGACAAGCCGUUUAUCUGUGAAGUGUGCGGCUCUGCUUACUCUCGCAUCUCCGAACUCAACAGACAUCACUUCGUGGUUCAUGUCAAGAACAAAGAUAAAAAGAAAACUGUAAAGAAGACAAGAGAGGAAGGAAGUUUCCCUUGCGAGCUUUGCGGGAAAGUUUUUCGCUUCAAAAACAGGCUGCAGUACCAUGUUGGUUUGCAUACAGGGGAGAAAUCGUAUGAGUGCGAAAUUUGCCACAAAACUUUUUGCUACUCAAGUUCUCUGUCUUAUCAUAAACGGAAGCACAGGGAGACAAAGGUGAGAGAGAAGGAAAAGGUAAGAAUGACUUGUGAGUAUUGCCAUAAGGUUUUCAGCAGCAAGCAAGUAUUGGACAGUCACAUCAAAUACCACACAGGUGAAAAUCUCCACACCUGUGAAAUUUGCAACAAGUCUUUUGCCUACAAGGCAUCAUUCGUCUUGCACAAACGAAUCCACGAAGGCGAGCGGCCUUACGAAUGCGACGUCUGUCACCGGCGAUUUGUUCGCCAGUGCCACUUAAACUGUCACUACCGCAUCCACACGGGCGAGAAACCAUAUCCUUGCCAGAUCUGUGGCCAGAGAUUUCGGCAGCUGGGUGACCGCAACUCGCACCAGAAGCGUCACGCCACGCAGGCCGCCAAGGCAUCCAACAACGUGUCGAGCAGCACAGCAGCAGUCCAGACACAGGUGGAGGCCCAGGUCCCAGCCACAAUUCAGAUUCAAGUCCUCACGCAGCAGGACAAUGAAACGGCCGCUUCGGUCAUUAGUAUUCUUUGAGGCUGCUUAUUCUCUUCUACAUUGCGCUAAGGCUUCAUACUGUGAGAAAGAUUCCUUUUCAUUUUAUAGUUUACUUUGGGACACUUCCAAUGAGUCGUUCUACUCCCAGUACAGCGACUUAAAACUUGAACAUGAUGACUUUGCUGUGAAUUAUCUUGUUAUCACCAUUUUUAUCAGCUUGACAAUGGUGGAAAAUAUGUACUUGUUAUUGGACAAAUGACAUAGGUGGCGACCUUGCCUGUUGCGUCGUGUUAAGUUCUCAGCAGAUGACAGAAA